AUGGUGUUUAUGAUCAUGAGCGGUCUUGGGCUUACGAUGGAGUACGCUGCAAUUGAUCCGUGGAGCAAGGAUGAUGCGAUUGGCUGUCUGCUGAAUCUGGACAAGGGAACUGUUGCCUUCACUCGGAAUGGAGUUGAUCUCGGUGUGGCGUUCUGGAAUGUCAAGCACACGGCUAGCGAUCAGGGCUUCUUCCCAGCGAUCAGUGUCGAGCAGACGGAGAUGCUGCUAGUGAACAUAGGAUCUCAGCCGUUCGUGUAUGAAAUGUGUGGGUUCGAGCCUGUUAUCAUGGCACUGGAAGAUGAAGAUGCGAAGGAGUCGAAACCUACCGAAGCGCCAAUCCCGGUCAAGCAACAGAAUAAUGGGAACUCCUCAAAGAAAGUAAAGACUGAGACGUCUGAAGAUUCAAGGAAAAAGUCCGAGAAAGAAGCAGCUCCGACUGAACCUCCCAUCGACCUUAAGCAGUUUGAGACAGUCGACCAGCUUGAGGAUCUGAGAUUAGAGCGACUCAAGCAGGAAUUGAGCCGUCGAGACUUGAAGUACAGAUCAGUGCCCUUCACCACCUACCUCUGCUCCGUCGCAGCCUACUUCAACACCCUCCCCAACAACCGCAAUUGCUGCUGCAGCAGCGCUUUCUGA